AGAUUGUAUACCAAUUAUACUUAAAAAAAAAGAAAGGCUGCAGGCAAUGUAGCUGUGAAUGCACUGUGGUGAUCUUGCAGGUAAGCCCCACGUCAUAGGAUAGAGCUCCCCCAGCCCUGGCAAAGCAGAGAGAAAUGUAAACAGAGGCUCUGGCAGGCUCCUCCCUCCCUGGAGAGUUCCUGUGGCUCCCAGAGGGCUCUCUUGGCUUCCCAAGACUUCUGUAUUUGGUCUCUUUCACUUGUUUGUUGUCAGAAGCAGUUCAUUAAGUGCUUGGUUGUCUCACCUGAGUAAUUGCUGUCUAUAUACAUGUAUAUUUUAUUUUGCUCGUGGGAGGAGGUGAGCUCAGUGCCUUCCUAUACCCCAGGCAUCAGCAUUUAAAAACUCUCCCUGUGACUCCAAUGUGUAGCCCUGGGAUGGAAGCUUGCUAAUCCUUUCCGCAAAGCCAGGUGAGCUGAUCAAGGUCACCUGGGAAGGUAUAGACUACUAUGGCUUCCAAAUUUUAGUUCAUAUGACGUGCUACCCCCCUGCCCCCAGGUGAGGUUGUUGUUAAAAUUGUAGAUUCCAAAUUUUACCUUCAGUAGGUCUGGGAGGGCGGGGGACACAAUAAGGACAAUAGAAAUUGGCAUUUUGAUGAGUUCUUGUGCAGAAUUUAAUCCAGGUGGUCCUGGAAUCCCAUUUAAGGAAACAUUGACCUUGACAGAGGGCAUCUAUGAGGGGAGGAGACCCAGAACACAGAAUACAGGUGGUGGCCAGGGAUCUUGGGUGCUGGAGCUUGGGGCUAAGAGCUCAAUAGUUGGACUCAAUGCCAGGCAGAGAGGUGGUGGGACACAGAGGUGACAAGAGAGGAGCUUGUGAAAAGUCGUGUGGUGGCUGCAGACCAGCUAGCUCCCUCCUCCUCUCUGAACUGUGCCUCAGGCUGGAGGCCCCAGGCAGGGCUGGCAGACACUCUCCUGCCAUCCUCUCAGUCCCCAUGGGUCUGGGGCAGAGCCCCUCUCUCUGGUCAGGGUUUUGCAGCCAAGCCUGGAGCUGGCCGGUGCCCUUCCCUGGCCCCUAGCCCAUCACAGAGGACCCUAGAUGGGUAACCUGUCAUGGUUGCUCUAGUGUCUACUUGUACCUACCAUUCAGUGCCUUAGAAAUUCCCAGCUACUAGACAGAGGCCUGUCAGGUUCAAAUCCACAGGGACCACCAGAGCAAUUCCUGCUGUCGGCUGGCAAGGGAUGCCUUCCAGACCUCACAUCUCUGUCACUCCACAGCCACUGCCACCCCAGGCAGGACUGUGUCCAUUCCUUCUUCCUGGAUUGGGUGGAAACCUGCCUUUCUGUAAUCACCACCUCUGGUCAUAAGACUGUCCUUUCAGCCACACAGGUGGAUCUAGUGCUUGCUCCACAGAACAGUUGUUCAUAUUUGUGAAGGUAGCGCUCUUGGACCCGGGAAAUGACCUCUUCUCCAGGCCAGUGGCACUCAGAGUGGUAUUUGUUCUGGAACAUUCACUUCACCAAUACAUCAUUUAAAGUGUGGUUUCUUCUUAGCCCAUACUGUUUUCCUUGUGGAAAUAGUGAAAGCCUUAUGUUCAUGGCUGCUUUAUAGACAGAACUGCCUGCAAUUCAGUCAUUUAUUUAUUAACUGAACAAAUGCAUAUGGAGGCCCACUGUGUGCCAGGUUGUGCUGUAGGUUCUGGGAGCCUCACGGUGACCCUGGUGGCAUGAGCCCUGCCCCCAUAGAGCUCAUGGCUGGGAGAGGCAGGAGGAAGGUGACAAGUAAAGAAGCCCUUACAAGGCAGUCCUCCCAGGAAAUAGGGGAGACACAGAUGUUCCAGGCUGUUCACUUGUGGCCUCUGAUAUGCUACAGAGAGAGGGAACCCGCAGAAGAAGGAGGACACAGAGGGCCGCUCCUUGCAUACAGGAACUGAAGGAGGGCUUCUGGAGCAAUUUGAGGUGAUAACAAAGCAUCACUCCCCGCUCCACGAAAAAUAAGAAAGAGAAAUUCAGAUUUAGAGUCCCAGGCAUUUAUUAAGCCUCUAUUGUGUUCCAGAGGCUUCCACUUGCUGAGCACUUUCUCCAAGUGCCCAACAUGCUUGCAGGCAUCAUUAGUACCCCGCUUUGUGGGUGGGGAGACAGGCCUUGGCCGGGCCACAUGGCCGAGAGGUGCUCAUCAGGCCCAGUUCUGGCCAGUGACCUCACGCUGCCAGGACAGAGGAAGGAGAGUUCCAAGUGGACUGAAAAUUUCUAGCAGUUUAAGAUUUACAUAGAAAUCUUACGACUGGGGUUGUAAGAAAUCUUCAUAAAAUCUUAAUUAAGUGCCUUAAUAAAAUCUUGAUAAAGUACAAUAAGCAAGGAAGAGGAGUGUAGUGGCCCUGAGGGGAAUUUUCCUUUCUGACUGAGGGUAGAGAGGGGUCUGUGGGCCCUGAUUCUCUUGCUCCAACUGAGAAUCUCCCGUAUGGGGCUGCAGGUGGAGAAGGUCAGGGCCGAGGGGGGUUGGCACCUGCAAUGGGCUCGCAAGGUUUUUACUGUUUUAUGUGAGAGCCCAGAGGGCAAUGCGGGUGAGUUCUUGUUAUAACACAUGGAACCUUGCCCGGCUUGCCUGGGCAUUGUGGGCUCACCCAGGACACUGAGAAACCCCACCGGUGGGCUUCCUCAGUGUCCUUCUCUCGGGUCUGCCACUGCUGUCACUCACAACUCAGUAAAUGCUUUGUGGGUGGUCCGAGCGCUCCUCGGAGCAGCACCCCUGAAGGGUAGCAGGUCUCCCCUGGCUAAAUGGCCACUUUAAGGAGGCAGCAAUCUUGAGAUGGAAGCAGAGAAAGAGAGCAAGAAAAAUCCAGCAAGAACCUUGCCUGCUCCGUAAGACGAUCAGAGGUCAUGAAUAAUGGAGAGAAACGGGCCUCUGCGUCCUGGCAGCUUGGCUGAUGUGGGGCCCUGCUCUCCUCAGGAAGGUCCCAGGCCCAGGGGCAUCGUUCACGGCCCUCAAAGCCUGUGGGGCUAGGGUGAUCUCCAGGGCGGGAGGCCACCACCCACCCCUCGGGUGGCCUGGAGGAGAUCCAAGGGGCCCCCUUGCUGGGAGGCCAGGUGGGAAACUGCUGCCAAGGGCUCGAUGUCACCUGAUUCUGCAUGAAGGGAGGAGAGAGAGCUGUUGGGAGGGGCACGGAGGAAGGAGGACAGCCUGCCCUCAGCCCCUAUGAAUAAGUGAUGAGGCCCAAGGAGAAAACCCAGGGCAGGUGCAAGAGGAGGUGACCAGCAAGGGGAUGGCAGAGAGAGGGGCCAGGGACAGGAAAGACAGAGAUAAGGCACUGAGGUUCAGCUCAGAGGCCCAAGAAGCAAGGGGAGCAGGAGCAGCACUGUGGGCACAGGGGACCCAAGUGUGGCUCCUGGCCCACCCAGACGUCACAGGAGCCCAGGGAGAGCGGGCCGAGGGUCCAAGGUGGUGCAGGGAGGUAGGCCCGGUCAGCUAGCGAGGGCCAGGAAGAAGCAGCCAGCAAAAUGAUGCCCCAGAAGAAAAAGAGGAGAAAGAAAGACAUUGACUUUGUAGCGCUGUAUGAGGAGGAGCUGCUGAACUAUGCCUCCGACGACGACGACGAGGAGGAACUGGAACACGAGUACUACAAGGCCAAAGUGUACGAGGUGGUCACAUCCACAGGAGAUGUUCGGGGUGCAGGGACAGAUGCCAAUGUGUUCAUCACCCUUUUUGGAGAGAACGGGAUCUCUCCUAAACUCCAGCUCACCAGCAAGAGUCAGUCUGCCUUUGCGAAAGCCAACACUGACGUGUUCCGGGUAAGGACAAACAACGUGGGCCUCAUCUACAAAAUCAGGAUCGAACAUGACAACACGGGCUCCAGUCCCAGCUGGUACCUAGACCGUGUGAUUCUGACCGACCUAAAGCGGCCUCACCUCCGUUAUUACUUCAACUGCUGCAGCUGGCUGAGCGACCUGGAAGGUGACCGCCAGUGGUGCCGCGACCUGUUGGCCAGCUUCAGCCCCAUGGAAGUGCCCCGAGGUAACCGGUAUGAAAUCAAGGUGUACACUGGCGAUAUCAUUGGAGCAGGGACGGAUGCUGAUGUCUUUAUCAAUAUCUUUGGAGAGUACGGAGACACAGGGGAGCGGAAGCUGGACAGCGACAAGAAAAACUUUGAAAAGGCAGCUGAAGACAAUUUCACGCUGGAUGCCCCUGAUUUGGGGCAGCUGAUGAAGAUUACCAUCGGCCAUAACAACAAGGGGCCGUCACCCGGCUGGUUCCUGAACAAGAUUUUCAUCGAUGAUAUUGCAAACAAAAGAAAAUACGACUUUCCUCUUAACCGCUGGCUGGCCUUAAAUGAAGACGAUGGCAAAAUCCAAAGGGAUAUCUUAGUGGGCGGAGCUGAGACCACAGCUGUCUCAUAUAUUGUCACCAUCUUCACUGGGGAUCUCCGAGGGGCUGGGACCAAAUCCAAAAUCUACAUGGUCAUGUACGGGGCCAGAGGGAAUAAGAACAGCGGGAAAAUCUUCCUGGAGGGCGGUGUGUUUGACCGCGCCCGCACGGACAUCUUCCACCUCGAGAUGGCUCUCCUCCUCAGCCCCCUGAGUCGGGUCUCCAUCGGGCACUGCAACGUGGGUGCCAACAGAGGCUGGUACUGUGAGAAGGUGGUGAUUCUGUGCCCCUUCACCGGCGUCCAGCAGACCUUUCCUUGCAGCAACUGGCUGGAUGAGAAGAAAGGCGAUGGGCUGAUCGAGAGGCAGCUCUACGAGAUGGUGUCUCUCAGGAAGAAGAGGAUGAAAAAGUUCUGUUGGUCCCUGUGGGUCCUGACGACUGACCUGAGGAAAGCUGGUACCAACACUCCCAUCUCCGUCCAGAUUUAUGGGAAGAAGGGGCGGACGGAUGAAAUUGUCCUGAACCCCGAUGGCCAGUAUUUAAGACCGGGCAUAUUCGAGAAGUUUAAGAUUGAGCUCCCGGAUCUCGGCAGGUUUUAUAAGAUUCGAGCAUGGCAUAAUAGAAUGACUCCUGGUGCUGGAUGGCAUUUGGAAAGGAUGACCCUGAUGAACACUCUGACCAAGGACAAAUAUAACUUCAACUGCAGUCGCUGGCUGGAUGCCAACGAGGACGACAAUGAGAUUGUGAGGGAGAUGACCGCAGAGGGCCCAGCAGUGCGGAGGAUCAUGGGCAUGGCCCGGUACCGUGUGACUCUGUGCACUGGGGAAUGCGAAGGUGCAGGAACAGACGCCAACGUCUAUCUCUGCCUUUAUGGUGACGCGGGGGACACCGGGGAGAGGCUGCUAUUCAACUGCAGGAAUACCGACAACAUGUUUCAGAAAGGCAAUGUUGACGAGUUCACCAUUGAGUCCGUCACCCUGCGGAAAGUGAGGCGGGUGAGAGUCAGGCACGAUGGUAAAGGCGGGAAUAGCGGCUGGUUCCUCGAGCGGGUGCUGGUGAGAGAGGAGGGCCAGCCGGAGGAUGACAACGUGGAGUUCCCGUGUCUCAGGUGGCUGGAUAAGAAUAAGGACGAUGGACAGGUGGUCCGAGAGUUGCUACCCAGUUACAGCAAUGCGACACUCAAGAACUUCCGCUAUCACAUCACCUUGAAGACGGGGGACAUCCCUGGGGCCAGCACAGAUUCCCAAGUCUACAUCAAGCUCUAUGGGGAUAAAUCUGACACGAUCCAGCAAGAUCUUCUUGUCUCUGACAACAACCUGAAAAGCUAUUUUGAACGUGGCCGGGUGGAUGAGUUCACCCUCGAGACCCUGAACAUUGGAACUAUCAACCGCCUGGUGAUUGGGCAUGACGGCUUGGGCAAGCGCGCUGGCUGGUUCCUGGGCAGUAUACAGAUCCGCGUGCCCCGCCAAGGCAAGCAGUACACCUUCCCUGUGAACCGCUGGCUGGACAAGAACAAGGCCGAUGGGCGCCUGCAGGUGGAGCUCUAUCCCAGCGAGGUUGUGGAGAUCCAGAAAUUGGUCCACUAUGAAAUUGAGAUUUGGACGGGGGAUGUGGGCGGAGCAUGCACCACUGCCCGCGUCUACGUACAGAUCUACGGUGAGAAGGGCAAGACAGAAGUUCUCUUCCUCUCCAGUCGCUCCAAAGUUUUUGAUCGGGCAUCCAAGGACACGUUCCAGCUGGAAGCGGUGGACGUGGGAGAGGUCUUUAAGAUCCGGCUGGGGCACACGGACGAGGGCUUCUCGCCCGGCUGGUUCGUGGACACGCUGUGGCUGCGGCAACUGCUGGUGCAGGAGGUGGAACUCACAGACGAGGAGGAGGCCCAGAGGGAGAAGGAGAAGUCCAAGCUGCAGCAGGUGCUCAAGAAGGAGUGGCUGAAGGCCAAGCUGCAGAGGAAGAUGAGGAAGAAGAAGAUGAAGAAGGGCAGCGAGGAGGAGGAGGAGGGGGAAGAGGAGGAGUCCUCAUCGGAGGAGUCGUCGUCGGAAGAGGAGGAGGAGGAGACUGAGGAGGAAGAGGAAGAGGAGGAGUUCGGGCCGGGCAUGGAGGAGGUGGUUGAGGAGUACAAGUUCGAUGUCAACCGCUGGCUGGCCCGGAACAAGGAGGACGGUGAAGUUCUCCUGGAGCUGGUGCCCGUCGGCCAGUCCAUUCCUGAGCCCAACACCUAUACAGUCCAGGUGAUCACCGGGAACGUGUCCAACGCCGCCACCAGUGCCAACGUCUACCUGACCAUCUACGGGGAGGAGUAUGGGGACACAGGCGAGCGGCCCCUGAGGAAGUCGGACAAGUCCAGCAAGUUUAAGCAGGGGCAGACAGACACCUUCACCCUGACUGCCAUGGACCUGGGGCCCCUGAUCAAAGUUCGGGUUCGUCACGACAAUGCAGGCAAGAAUGGAAGCUGGUUCCUGGACAGAAUAGACAUCACCGACGUGAACAACGAUACCACGUACUAUUUUCUAUGCCAACGCUGGCUCGCAGUGGAUGAAGACGAUGGCCAGCUGUUCAGGGAGCUGUUGCCAGUGGAUGAGUCUUAUGUGCAAGACGAGGACGAGGGUGGUGACAACAACCUGGGCCUGGAGCAGAAAGAUAAAUGUACCACAUUCUCAGUGACCGUCAAGACUGGGGACAAGAAGAAUGCGGGCACUGAUGCCAAGGUCUUCAUCACGCUCUUUGGCACAGAAGAUAACACUGGAAUCACCUUCCUGGAAUCUUCCAAGGUCAACAGCGACAUGUUUGAGAGAGACAGCAUCGAAAUCUUCACAGUGGAGACACUGGACCUGGGAGAGUUAUGGAAAAUCAGGAUUGGCCACGAUAACACAGGCAAGGCUCCGGGCUGGUUUUUAGAGUGGGUAGAGGUGGAUGCCCCAUCGCUUGGAAAGAGCAUGACCUUCCCCUGCGGCCGCUGGCUGGCCAAGAAUGAAGACGACGGAGCCCUCGUCAGGGAUCUCUUCCACGUGGAGCUUCAGACGAGGCUGUACACACCAUUUGUUCCUUACGAGAUCACCUUCUACACGAGCGACGUGUUUGCCGCUGGGACAAACGCCAGUGUAUUCAUUGUCAUCUAUGGCUGCGACGGUUUGUGCACCGAGCAGAGGAAGUUGUGCAGCAACAAGAGGGAACAGAAGGUGUUCUUUGAGAGGAAGUCUGCCUCUCGCUUCAUUAUGGAGUUAGAAGAUGUGGGAGAAAUCAUUGAAAAAAUUCGGAUUGGCCAUGAUAAUACGGGUAUAAACCCUGGGUGGCACUGUGCCUACGUGGAGAUCCGCAGGCUGCUUCCAGAUAAAGAUGGUACAGAGACCUUUACUUUUGCUUGUGAUCGAUGGCUUGCCACCUCAGAGGAUGAUAAGAAGACCAUUCGAGAACUGGUCCCUUUCGACAUCUUCACUGAGAAAUACAUGAACGAUGGAUCCUUAAGGCAAAUCUAUAAGGAAGUGGAGGAGCCGCUGGACAUUGUGCUGUACUCGGUACAGAUCUUCACAGGAAACAUUCCUGGGGCAGGGACGGAUGCCAAGGUCUACAUCACCAUCUACGGGGACCUGGGGGACACCGGGGAACGGUACCUUGGCAAGUCAGAGAACCGCACCAACAAGUUCGAGAGAGGAACGGCCGACACCUUCAUCAUUGAGGCCGCUGACCUGGGCGUCAUCUACAAGAUCAAGCUCCGCCAUGACAACACCAAGUUGUGUGCAGACUGGUACGUGGAGAAGGUGGACAUCUGGAACGACACCAACGAGGAUGAGUUCCUGUUCCUGUGUGGGCGCUGGCUGUCCCUGAAGAAGGAGGACGGGCUGCUUGAGAGGCUUUUUUACGAGAAGGAGUACACUGGGGACCGGAGCAGCAACUGCAGCAGCCCCGCUGACUUCUGGGAGAUCGCCCUGAGCUCCAAGAUGGCGGACGUGGACAUCGCCACAGUGACGGGGAUCAUGGUGAACUACGUUCAGGAGGGCACAGUUAUUCCCUACUAUGUCUCAGUCACCACUGGGAAGGACAAGGAUGCAGCCACCGACAGCCGGGCCUUCGUCAUCCUCACUGGGGAGGAUGACGAGUGCAGUAAUCGAAUCUGGCUAGACCACCCCCGAGGGAAGAAGGGCUUCAGCUGCGGCUCUGUGGAAGAGUUCUACGUCGGAGGCUUGGACGUGGGCGUCAUCAAGAAAAUAGAGCUGGGCCAUGAUGGGGCCUCCCCAGAGAGCUGCUGGCUGGUGGAGGAGCUGUGUUUGGCCGUGCCCACCCAAGGUACCAGGUACACAUUGCGCUGCAAUUGCUGGCUCGCCAAGGACCGAGGAGAUGGCUUCACCUCCUGCGUCUUCGACCUUCUAGAUGCCACAGUGGUGAACAUCGGGGUGAAGGUGCUCCAUGAAAUGACAGUAUGGACAGGUGAUGUGGUCGGCGGUGGCACCGACUCUAACAUCUUUAUGACCCUCUACGGCAUCAAUGGCAGCACAGAGGAAGUGCAGCUGGACAAAAAGAAGGCCAGAUUUGAGCGGGAGCAGAAUGACACCUUCCUCAUGGAGAUCCUGGACAUCGCUCCAUUCACCAAGAUGCGGAUCCGAAUCGACGGCCUGGGCAGCCGGCCUGAGUGGUUUCUGGAGAGGAUCCUCCUGAAGAACAUGACCAAUGGAGACCUGACCAUGUUCUACUAUGGAGACUGGCUCUCCCAGCAGAAGGGCAAGAAGACGCUGGUGUGUGAAAUGUGCGCCGUCAUCAACGGAGAGGAGAUGAUGGAGAAGACUUCUUACACCGUCUUAGUUAAGACCAGUGACAUCCUGGGUGCGGGCACUGAUGCCAACGUGUUCAUCAUCAUCUUUGGGGAGAACGGGGACAGCGGGACCCUGGCCCUGAAGCAGUCGCCCAACUGGAACAAGUUUGAGCGAAACAACAUGGACACGUUCAGCUUCCCGGACAUGCUGAGCCUGGGCCACCUCUGCAAGCUGAGGGUCUGGCACGACAAUAAAGGGAUAUUUCCUGGCUGGCACCUGAGCUACAUUGACGUGAAGGACAACUCCCGUGAUGAGACCUUCCGCUUCCAGUGUGACUGCUGGUUCUCCAAGAAUGAAGGGGACGGACAGACACUCCGCGACUUUGCCUGCGCCAACAAUGAGAUCCAUGAUGAGCUGGAGGAGACCACCUACGAGAUCAUCAUCGAAACAGGCAAUGGCGGAGAAACCAGGGAGAACGUCUGGCUCAUCCUGGAGGGCAGGAAGAACCGAUCCAAAGAGUUUCUCGUGGAAAAUUCUGGUAGACAGCGUGUCUUUAAGAAGGGGACCACAGACACAUUUGAGUUUGACAGCGUCUAUCUGGGGGACCUGGCUGCCGUGUGUGUGGGCCACCUUGCCAGGAACGACCGGUUCAUCCCCAAGAGAGAGCUGGUCUGGCACGUGAAGACCAUCACCAUCACCGAGAUGGAGUACGGCAAUGUGUACUUCUUUGACUGUGACAGCCUCAUCCCCCUCAAGAGGAAGAGGAAGUACUUCAAGGUAUUCGAAGUCACCAAGACCACCGAGAGCUUUGCCAGCAAGGUCCAGAGCCUGGUGCCAGUCAAGUACGAGGUCAUCGUGACAACAGGCUUUGAGCCAGGGGCGGGCACUGACGCCAACGUCUUUGUGACCAUCUUUGGGUCCAAUGGGGACACAGGCAAGCGGGAGCUGAAGAAGAAAAUGCGCAACCUGUUCGAGCGAGGUCAAACCGACCACUUCUUCCUGGAGACGCUGGAGCUGGGCGAGCUGCGCAAGGUGCGCGUGGAACACGACAGCAGCGGCUACUACUCGGGCUGGCUGGUGGAUAAGGUGGAAGUGACCAACACCAGAACCGGAGUGGCCACCAUCUUCAAGUGCGGCAGGUGGCUGGACAAGAAACGCGGGGACGGGCUCACCUGGAGAGAACUCUUCCCUUCUGUCUGAGGGGCUGCAGGCGCUCCGUCCGCUCGGGCCACCCUCUCACCCAGCUGCUCCUGGCCACACCUUCCCACCCCCACCUUGGCCUCCAGCAGUCUUUUCCUGAAGCCUCCUGGAGCUGGGACUGGGGACCAAAAGGUGGCCUGUGGCACCGUGGACCAGAACUUCAUGGUCCUUUGAAGGCCACUGCCGUGACUGCUGAUGGAGUUCUGCACCCCACCCCACCCCCUCCCCCGGACCUACAGGAAUCCGUCAACAUGUGUCAUAAUCCGUGGCUGCACAAAACUAACUCUUUGCAUUUGCAUUUUCUCUUCCAAUAAUAGCGGUGACCAGGCUAAGACUUGCUGCCAGGUGUGAGAAUGGGAAAUGGGGGCUUCACCCAGGGGAAAGGAGUGGGGAACAAGAGGCAGUCGCGAUGGUAUAUUUUAAGCAAAAACUAAUUAACACUCUUCCCCUCCCCCCACCAAAAAAGCUGGGCUAAUUAAAUUAUUACCAACCACACCCCCCAAAGAACUCAUCUGGGCAUCUGCUCCCUACAAAUGCACUC